GAUCAUUGAUAUAUUUUCCCUUCAAGUGGAGGGCUGAACAUUCAGACUUUGCCAGCAAACACCGGAGAAAACGGAACGAGCCUACUCAGAGACGGACCGAGAGGGUGCAAUGAUGAGGCAGAGCGGACCCACAGCUCUACUUUCUUUAGUCUACCUUAAACGCAGGAUGGCGAAAGUCUACAUUCUCUGAGGAAGAGGCGUAAAUUGAAAGAUCUUUACAGAUAAGACCGGAGAAAGGCACGAAUUUUACAGCAGCUCCCAAACACUACGGGAAAGCGCGGGAAUAUAUUAUUGGAAGGAUUUAUACGGAACGAAACGCAUCAAAAUCCACGUUUUUAAUGAGGAUUUGAGGACCCGGCGCCUAAUCCGACAUCAGAGACUAAAUGUGAAUCUAAAUAAUUUAUGUUAAUGAAAGAUUUGAACGAAUAUGAUAUGAUCCAUCCGACUUCGUUCGAGAACGAAUUUAGAUUGCCCUUUUAAAAUGAUUAACUCUCUAUUUGGGGACAGGCUGUGAGCACAGUCGUUUUGCCCAGAAAAUGGUGAUAGCUGUUUUGCGUUCAUUUGAAGUCAGUGUAAAAAUUAUGGUUAUCAACGAAUGAAACGAGCUGUAAGGUGCCUCUCACAAGCCGAACACCAGGGUUAUUUUGCUUUUGAAAUGAUAUUUUCAAUGCAUUUCUUCGCAACGCGUAACGUUACCCUUGCGUGUUUUCCCAAUACUGCUUGAAAAGGUCCGUCCCAUUGACUAGCCUACUCAACCCGAUGAGAGGAGACUGACGUUCAUUGACUAUUUUAUACAUCACAACUGAAUGUUUUGGCUGGACGGCAACCGCGACAGGAGGAGCUACAUUAGACUCAUCAUAAAACAAAGAAACAUUGACAACUUUUAUUUUUAUAACUUCGAAACUAGAGAGCGCACGUUUAGUCUGGAAUACAAGAAUAUAUGAUUCUCAAAAGACAGAGGACGACAUAAAUCUUCCACCAUGUUCAAAGGUGGCUGCGGGCUAGAGUUCCUGCUGGUUCUCUGUGGUCUGGAGCUAUCCUGGUCCUGCCCACACCACUGUAUCUGCUACACCGCGCCCAGUACUGUCAGCUGCCAGGCACACAACUUCCUGUCCAUCCCCGAAGGCAUUCCCCCGCACAGCGAGCGCAUCUUCCUGCAGAACAACAAGAUCCACCGGCUGCUACAGGGCCACUUCAGCCCCACCACGGUCACACUGUGGAUCUACUCCAACAACAUCACCUACAUCGAGCCCUCCACCUUCCACGGCUUCGCACAGCUGGAGGAGUUGGACCUGGGGGACAACCGUCACCUGCGCUCCCUGGCUGCAGACACCUUCCAUGGGCUGGGCCGGCUCCAUGCUCUGCACCUGUACCGCUGUGGGCUCAGUGCGCUGCCCAGUAACAUCUUCCAGGGGCUACGCAACCUGCAGUAUCUCUACCUACAGGAUAAUCACCUGGAGUUCCUGCAGGAUGACAUCUUUGUGGACCUCCACAACCUGAGCCACCUGUUCCUGCAUGGGAACCGUCUGUGGUCGCUGCACCAGAACACCUUCCGGGGGCUGGGGGCCCUGGACCGCCUGCUGCUGCACCACAACCAGCUGCAGUGGGUGGACCGCCUGGCCUUCCACGACCUGCGUCGCCUCACCACCCUCUACCUGUUUAACAACUCACUGACUGAGCUGUCUGGAGAGUGCCUGGCACUGCUGCCUGCCCUGGAGUACCUGCGCCUCAACGACAACCCCUGGGAGUGUGACUGCAAGGCCCUGUCACUGUGGGACUGGCUCAAACGCUUCCGAGGUUCUACUUCGUCCGUAGGCUGUCAGGCCCCGGCUGAGCUGGCUGGGAAGGACCUCAAGCAGCUCCACAAGGAGGACUUCCCCAACUGCUCUGGCUCUGAGUCCCUGCACCAGAGCAAGACCUGGGCCGGGACUGAUAAGGUGUCUCUGAAGAAGGAGCCACACCCGGUGCCACCGCCUCACUCCCACCCCCACCGCCCUCACCACAACGAGGCACCACACUACCCCUCACCGCCCUCGCCUCUGCCCCAUCCGCCCCCGUCCAUAAGCGGGGAGUCCCUGGGAUCAGAGGGACAUCCUGGGGUGGCGCCCCCUCAGAGGCCAGGCCGUGCUCGGAACUGUACCCGCCAGCGUGUCAGGGGAGGCAAGGGGAAGGGGCAGAACGAGGUGCAUACCUUAAAGGAGAUGGCCGAUAAGGAAUAUUCCUCACCUGAUUUUGAAGGGGGCAAAUAUGACCACACGUCUCCGGAUGCUACCGUCACGCGGAGGAAGAAUAAGUGCCCUCCCCGGACCACUGUUCGCCCACCUAGUGGGGUGCAACAAGCCACCAAUAGGGCCAUGUUCUCCCAGCCCUUAGUACAUCUCAACGCCAUACUGGGAGCUUUGUUGCCCGUGACCAUUGCCCAUAUUCUCCGCUGACCUAGAGGAGGGGAUAUAUACUGGCUAAACAACAACAGUGCAGUCCUCAGACCUGCUCUAGCUCCUGCACACCAAGGCCUGUGUGUGUGUGUAUACUUUGUGUGUGUGUGUACUUUGUGUGUGUGUGUGGUUGUGUGUGUAAAACAUUGUGUAGGGAGCUUUGCUGUUUAGACUCUGAAAUAAGACUUUCAAACAUCAACAUCAAAUGUGAAAAGACUCACGACACUGUGUGUGGAACGGGGAGUGAGGAAAGACGAAAGGAAAACACAGAACACGCUUGCACUGCCACUGUUGCCAUUAUGUUCUCAUUUCCUGUUGUCUUGAUCUCUUUCUGUCUGAGUUCUGUCUUCGACUCUACUGGAGCGCAGACAACCAAACUUUUUGGGAAAAGAAAGAGAUGUUGAAAUGCAGCAAUUUAGCUAUGAGACAGAUAGACUCUAAGGAAAGCCAGCUUUAAUGAUCAGUUCACAGUUUGUAAAUCCUUAUUGAGGGGGUGAAAUAGAAAACAGAUGAUGUGGUGAAAGAAACCAUCACACACAGAGAAGUCUAGCCCUAUCUUGUGUUUCAUAUUAUUUACCAACUGUUUUUUUAUUACAUUCAUUGCCAAUAACUGCUGCAUAGAAUUGGGCCGAGAUAUCCGAGGCGGUAUUGCUCAUCAACAGGGAGAUAAGCAGGAAGCUGCCCGGUCAUAAAUCAUAAUUCCAUAUCAGAACAGGAAUGUGCAACGCUCACUUCUUAGCAGAAGUAAUGGAAAACUACAGAAACAGCACUGCAAAGUGCAGCACACACACAGACCGGUCAGCUCCAGCUACAGUAGGAUAGCUAGGUAACUUCUGCUCCAUGUCCAGGUAUCAUUGACCCCGAGCUACAUAUCUAGGUAUCUUCUGCCUACUUUACAGUAUUUCUACAGUAUUUACGUCCUGCUUUAUUGAUUCCUGAGUCUAAAUGUCCUGUCUUUCUACCUGCUCCAUUUCAUUUUCUACAUGUGCUACAACAUAUUAAGCUAAUAUACCCAAGCUGCUAAUUAUCUGUAUGGAGGUAAGUGGGACUGUGGUCGACUCCCAUCUCCUUCAAAAAUCAGUGUGUGUCCCCCAGGAGAAGAAAGCUGUGAAUAUUGAUGGAUCUGUCUAUUUCUUGUCUCAGUUGUUUGUUUGAUUUUGCCUAGACGUAAAGAGGACCUAGAGAUGGAGCCCUAUACAGGGUACAGGGUUACGGCCUGGGGCCGGAGCCUUAGGGGUUAAGGGUCAGAUUGGGUAUUUUCAGUUUCCCAGUGAGGCUUUGGGCUUCGCUGAACAGAACACUCUUCAGUGAGGGCAUCCCUUCCUCAUUGAGAAUUGAAGAACAUUGAUAUUUUCCUAAUCAUUGGACAUCAAAGGAAAACAACUGCCCAACAAGACUAGAGAAGAAACAAAACAAUAUGUGUACCUUAAAUGACUUCUGUAAUGAAUAAAAGAUUAUAAGAGUAAAAACAUUUUGAAUCGAGCAUGGCAAAAUGUGGACCGCUCUCUUGGAAAUAAUAGAACUGCUAAAAUGUCUCUCUCUACAAUGACUGCUGUUCUUUUCAAUGGAUGUGGGGAACCAAGAGAAAGACAAUCACUUCUAAAGUAGCAGGGGGUUUAACAGGACGAUGGACAGACAAACGGACAGACUACUGCUGGACUACUGUCCCCCUGGACUACUGGAGCUUUUGUGCCUCCGGAAAAUACGACAAUAAGUUGACGAUGUUUGUAAUAAUAAUGAUGUGAACUGUACCAUUAACAAAGACAACAAGAGGACUAACUAACUGGAGUUCUAAUAUUAAUCAUUUAUUACGAGAAUAACAAUAUUAAUGACAUCAUCAACAAUGAAAACAGGGUUUCUGCUCCCCUGAUGAGGGGAGAAUCUUUCUUUAAAUUCAUUUACCGUUUCAUUGUUUUUGUUUACUAAAAGGAACAUUUUUUAUUUCCUUUUUUUGUUACAUCCUCUCAACCCCUUUAUCCGAUAAAAUAAUGCACAAUUCAGUUCCCCCUCCUACUGUUCCCCAUCUAUCUCCUGUCUUUGCCAUGACUGAAUGGUUCAAUAAGUCGUUAUCAAAGAACAA